AUAUUCUCCCUUCCCUUCCACUUCCCUUCUCCACUCUCUCUCUCUCUCUCUCUCUCUACAAACCCAUAAUUUUCUCUCUCUCUUCAAGCCAGGGAGAAUAGCUAGAGAUGGAAGGAGGAGGAGAAGAAAAGGAGCAAAACCCUAAUCAUCAUCAUCAUGAUGAUGAUCACAACAAUGCCAAUAAUAAUGAUGAUAAUAAUAGUAAGACUAGUAAUUACAAGAAGGUUUCGUUUCUCAAGUUGUUCUCGUUUGCCGACUUCUACGACUACGUUCUGAUGGGGAUUGGAUCGGUCGGAGCCAUAGUCCACGGCGCGUCGGUGCCGGUGUUCUUCAUCUUCUUCGGCAAGCUCAUCAACAUCAUCGGCCUCGCCUAUCUCUUCCCCAAGGAAGCCUCCCAUCGCGUCGCCAAGUACUCGCUGGAUUUUUUGUACCUGAGCAUAGCCAUCAUGUUUUCGUCGUGGAUAGAGGUGGCAUGUUGGAUGCAUAGCGGGGAGAGGCAAGCGGCGAAGAUGAGGAUGGCGUAUUUGAAAGCGCUGUUGAAUCAAGACAUCACCUUAUUUGACACUGAAGCUUCUACUGGAGAAGUCAUCGCUGCAAUUACCUCUGACGUUAUUCUGGUCCAAGAUGCCCUUUCUGAGAAGGUGGGGAACUUCAUGCACUAUUUUAGCAGAUUCGUGUUUGGGUUCAUCAUAGGGUUUGCCAAGGUGUGGCAGAUCAGCUUGGUCACGCUUUCUAUAGUGCCAUUCAUCGCGCUAGCAGGUGGCAUCUACGCGUAUGUCACCAUCGGCCUUCUUGCCAGAGUCCGCAAGUCUUAUGUCAAAGCAGGCGAAAUCGCAGAAGAGGUAGUAAUCUGCAACAUCUUCGUCUACUAGAGUUCAUGAAUUCAUAAAUCGUAUUAUCAACGAUACCAUAAAGGAACACAAAAAUAACGAUCAAAUAAUGCUAGAGAUACACAUAUCCCUAACAUCCAUUAUUCAUUUCCCAGAGUAUGGAAGGAAAGCAGGACUAGCCAAAGGGCUUGGACUUGGAAGUGUCCACUGCGUGCUCUUCCUUUCGUGGGCUCUGCUCGUCUGGUUCGUCAGCAUCGUCGUCCACAAGAACAUAUCGAACGGUGGCGAGUCCUUCACCACCAUGCUCAAUGUGGUCAUUUCAGGCCUAUCACUGGGACAGGCAGCUCCAGACAUCACAGCAUUCAUCAGGGCGAAAGCAGCAGCAGGUCCUAUAUUCCAGAUGAUAGAGAGGCACACUGUGAGCAGAACCAACUCCAAAACAGGCAAAAGAUUAAACAAGCUUGAAGGUCACAUCCAAUUCAAGGACGUCUCAUUUCGAUACCCUUCUCGCCCUGAUGUAACCAUCUUCGACAAGCUCCGCCUCAACAUACCCGCUGGCAAGAUUGUGGCUCUCGUCGGAGGGAGUGGUUCUGGGAAGAGCACGAUCGUGUCACUAAUCGAACGAUUUUACGAGCCAGAGUCUGGGCAGAUUCUGAUUGACGGGGUCGAUAUUAAGGAUUUCGAUCUCAAGUGGCUGAGGCAGCAGAUUGGUCUGGUGAAUCAGGAACCUGCAUUGUUUGCCACCAGCAUCAAGAAAAAUAUUCUGUAUGGGAAAGAUGAUGCCACAAUGGAAGAGAUCACUCACGCUGCUAAGCUGGCUGAAGCUUCUUCUUUCAUCAACAACCUGCCUGAUAGAUUCGAAACUCAGGUCGGGGAGAGAGGAAUCCAGCUAUCAGGCGGGCAGAAGCAGAGGAUAGCAAUAUCUCGUGCAAUAGUGAAGAACCCAUCAAUUCUAUUGCUCGAUGAAGCUACAAGUGCACUUGAUGCGGAGUCGGAGAAAAGCGUGCAGGAGGCACUCGAUCGAGCCAUGGUUGGAAGGACAACUGUUGUUGUAGCACAUCGGCUUUCCACCAUUAGGAAUGCCGAUAUGAUUGCUGUUGUUCAAGGAGGAAAGAUUGUGGAAAUUGGCAGCCAUGAAGAUCUCAUUGCAGACUCAAAUAGUGCAUAUGCGUCACUUGUCCACCUUCAAGAAGCUGCAUCAAACCAACGCCACCCAUCUUCAGGUCCCACAAUGGAACAUCAGCUGAGCCUUUGUCUGGUCUCUGCCAGCGGAAAGCACUCUCAAGAGCUAUCCCGCACCAGAUCAAACUUAGGAGCAAGCUUCCGUUCUGAUAAGGAUUCUGUCAUCAGUCGGGCAGGCUUGGACGGUGCAGAACCGGCCAAGCCAUCUACUGUUUCCAUGAGAAGGCUGUAUGCCAUGGUUGCUCCUGAUUGGAUCUAUGGAGUCUCUGGCACCAUAGGCGCCUUCUUUGCUGGAGCACAGAUGCCGCUUUUCGCACUCGGUGUGUCUCAGGCGCUUGUGUCCUACUACAUGGACUGGGACACAACUCGCCAUGAGGUCAAGAGGAUAGCAAUCCUCUUCAGCAUUGCUUCAGUGUUGACAGUUAUUGCUCAUGCUGUUGCACAUCUGUCGUUCGGGAUCAUGGGAGAGAGACUUACAUUCCGAGUCAGAGAAAAGAUGUUCUCUGCCAUCUUGCAGAAUGAAAUAGGAUGGUUCGACGACUUGAACAACAACAGCUCGAUGCUGGCAUCACGUCUCGCGACCGAUGCAACUCUGCUGAAAACAAUAGUAGUCGAUCGCUCCACCAUUCUCUUGCAGAACCUCGGUUUGGUGGUUACAUCAUUCGUCAUUGCAUUCAUCCUGAAUUGGAGAAUCACUCUUGUUGUGUUAGCUACAUAUCCACUCAUCAUUAGCGGGCACAUCAGCGAGAAACUGUUCAUGCAAGGUUAUGGUGGCAACUUGAGCAAAGUGUACCUGAAAGCCAACAUGCUAGCUGCUGAGGCCGUAAGCAACAUACGAACAGUCGCGGCAUUCUGUGCGGAAGACAAGAUCCUUGAUCUUUAUGGGCACGAGCUAGUGGAACCUUCCAAGCGUUCGUUCGCACGUGGACAGAUUGCAGGGAUAUGCUAUGGGAUAUCCCAGUUCUUCAUUUUCUCGUGCUAUGGACUCGCUCUAUGGUAUGGUUCUACUCUUAUGGAGAAGGAGCUCGCUAGCUUUAAGUCCGUCAUGAAGUCAUUCAUGGUUCUGAUUGUAACAGCACUAGCCAUGGGCGAAACUCUUGCAUUAGCUCCAGAUCUUCUGAAAGGGAACCAGAUGGCUGCAUCGGUCUUCGAGGUUUUGGAUCGGAAAUCACAGAUGAGUGGAGAUGCCGGGGAAGAGUUGAAGAAUGUAGAGGGUAAGGUUGAGUUGAAGAACGUCUGUUUCAGCUAUCCAGCAAGGCCAGAAGUCGCCAUUUUCAAGGACUUCAAUCUGCAAGUGCAUUUGGGCAAAAGUGUGGCUUUAGUAGGACAAAGUGGAUCUGGAAAAAGUUCUGUUCUUGCACUCAUUCUCCGAUUUUAUGAUCCAACAUCAGGCAGAGUGAUGAUUGAUGGGAAAGACAUCAAGAAACUGCAAUUGAGAUCGCUCCGUAGGCACAUCGGCCUAGUCCAGCAAGAGCCAGCUCUCUUUGCAACAUCUAUCUAUGAAAACAUACUGUAUGGCAGAGAAGGGGCCACCGAAGGAGAAGUAAUCGAAGCAGCUAAACUCGCCAAUGCACAUAGCUUCAUCAGCGCCCUUCCUCAGGGCUACUCCACCAAAGUAGGUGAACGAGGGGUGCAACUAUCUGGCGGCCAGAAGCAAAGGGUAGCAAUUGCUCGGGCAGUGCUGAAGAACCCAGAAAUUCUUCUGCUAGAUGAAGCCACCAGCGCUUUGGAUGCAGAGUCAGAGCACAUUGUGCAACAAGCACUGGAUAGAUUGAUGAGGAACCGUACGACGGUGAUGGUGGCCCACAGACUGUCAACUAUAAAGAAUGCAGAUCAGAUAUCAGUCAUACAAGAUGGAAGAAUAAUCGAACAGGGGACUCAUUCGAGUCUUGUACAGAAGAGAGAAGGAGCAUAUUUUAAGCUAAUCAACCUUCAACAGGAGCAACAAAAGGGAGCACUAACAUGAUUUUUUAAGAAGACUACAUAUUGCAGUCAUAGGAUACAUGUUCAUUUUUCUGCAUCCCAUAGAUGUUCUGUCCAUUUUUUAUGUUUGAUCUUGGCGUUCUGACUUUGGCUUUGUGAUGUAUAAUAGAGACAUAUGUGAUUACUAAUAUUGAGAGUGUGGAAGCAAUGAAUAAUAGUGAAGCAAUUCUUGAAAA